AUGUACAUCUCGUCACAGCUGGUGGCGGGCAGAAGGGCGCCCCCCCGGGUCUCACUGUCUCUGUCCCUCGCAGGCUGCUGGGCGGUGACGGGCCCCGGGGCAGUGCGCGGCGCCCCGGGCGGGUCGGUGACUGUGCGGUGCCGGUACCGCACGGGCUAUGAGGAUUAUCAGAAGUUCUGGUGCCGGGAAGGUUUGGCAGGAGGAAGUUGGCGCUGUUCCGACAGUCACGUCAUUGAGACCGACGGGUCGGAGGCGGAGGUGACGCGGGGCAGAGUCUCCAUCCGAGACAAUCGCACCCAGCGCGCGUUCACCGUGACCGUGGGGAACCUGACACCGGCAGACGCCGGCACGUACCUCUGCGGGGUGGGGAGGAUCGGGCUCCUUGAUCUCAGCGCCGCUGUGACACUCACCGUCUCCCCAGCUAAUUCUUCCCCAAACCCGACUGCAAGGACACCACAAGCAACAAAUCAGACAGAUUCACCUUCUCCAACAAAGACUGAAUCAAGAUUCCAACUCAUCAUCAUCAUCUGUUUCCUGCUCCUGGGCUUAUUGAAGGGUCUCCUCUUGCUGUGCAUAGUCUCUGCUAGGAUCUGGAUGAGUGUACGCUACAGGAGGAGCCACAGGGAGAUGGUGCCAGACAGACAAGCUCAUGAACUGCCUCUUUGCUAGUUCUUAGAAGUGGAUCAGAACCAGCAGGAGGAUUCAUUUUCCAGCUUUGCACAAAGUAUCCCACACCGUGAUUUUCUUCUCAUGUCAAGUGAAGCUAUUUCCCUCACGUUCUCAGAGGAUGAAGUCUGCUGGAGACAUUUAUGAAAGAAAACAGACAACGGCGCAGGGAGACAGACUUCCACACAGCUCGAGUCCCAGCUUGUCUGCUGCUUACCCAGCCCCACACCCUCUGGGACAAUGUACCGUUCACACAGACACCUACUGGGUGAAUGAUGUAACUGCAAGAACGCAUUGUCAAAUAUUCUUUUCAACCCCUCCCUAGAUUUAGGGAGGUUGCUGUGUUUAUUUUCGUCUGCACUAGUUUGUUUGUAUGUUUAGUUUUUGGCAAAUGCACCUGGAGCCCUGGAUAGACUUUUUUAUGUUUGAGAUAAUGUGAAAUAUUCCAUGUAUUUUUUGACUUAAAUUACUGGAACAUUAGUGUGACCAAAAUUGUCACACAUUGAAUUGUAGUUGUGGAAGAAUAACACAGUCCUUCACGCUUGUGUUGGUUGCAACAUGUCAGAGGCAGUUCAUUCUCAAGCAAUAUUGCAAGGGGAGGGUGCACAAUGGCAAGUCUCCCAAAAGAUAAACAAUUAAGGCAAACAUUUACACCUUGUGUUACAUACAGUAAUGAUCAACAACUGCAUUUUGUUUAUACAUAUUCCUUCCUGAUAUCACUUUUCUCAGCAGUUCCUGCUAUAGUCUGUGUUCCAUUCGUAUCUAACACAAGGUCAAAACAACCUCUCUUACAGUUCUUUUCCACUCGCCCAGGCCCUGCCUGGAAGUCUCGCGUUAUUAGCGUUAGAGUUAGCCUGACUCUUGCUCUUCCUAGAAGACUAAGAUGUCUGAACUUCCCCAACACACACUUCCACGCUCCCCCCUUUUGUGCUUCUAGCACAACUAUCAAUCUUAAACCUUCAUGUUCAUCAAACCUUGUAUUUCUGAUUCUAGAUCAAAUAGUUCAACCUUAUGGGUUUCAUGGGAUGCAACAAUGCAUGGUUAAUAUGAACAUAGAAGGUGUUAGUAUUAUUACAUCUUUUACAUCAUCAGUAACAAUCCUAAGCUAAACAGCAAUAAAAACAUUAACAUUCCCAUGGUGGUAAUAUGAUAGGGUUGUUUUACAAUUUUAGUCACAAAGCACUAUAUCAAGUAAAUGCUCUAUAAACUGUAUGAAAGGCACUUUUCAAUUUGAUAUAUAUUUUGAAGAAUAUGAAUUUGCCCUUCUAAUUCAGAGAUUCUCCGGUAGCAGCAAAAGCAAAUUUUGAAACCGAUCAGAUACUAAAGUAAUCUAAGAACUGGGAUUUGUGCAUUGAGGCUCAGGAUCACGCUAAUGGUAUCACAUUUUUUCCUAAAUCAAAGACAUUUAUGAAAGAAAACAGACACAACUGCGCAGGGAGACAGACUUCCACACAGCUUGAGUCCCAGCUUGUCUGCUUGUUUACCCAGCCCCACACCCUCUCUGGGACAAUGUACUAUUCACCCAGACACCUACUGGGUGAAUGAUGUAACUGCAAGCACACAUAUUACUGUCGAAUAUUCUUUUUAACCCUUUCCUAGAUUUGGGGAGGCUGCUGUGUUUAUUUUUGUUUGUACUAGAUUGUUUGUUUGUACUAGUUUGUUUGCUGUGACUGUCUCGCUACUACUGCACAGGUUACUGUUAACAGAUUUCAAGUAUCUUUUCAUUGUGUCUGCAUCUUUCUUCAUUGCAGUCAUUCUCUCAGCUUUUUGUUUCCUGUUCUGUGCACCUGACAUCAUCUUUUUAUGUACCAGCAACACUGUUUCCUUCCCAGUUUCCUGAAAUAUAAAAAAACCCGCUUUUCUCACACUACGUGACAUCAUAUGAUUGGGCAAAAACAAUUUCAGCUUCAAUAUGCUACAUAGAACACCAGAUCUUUCUGGAGAGAACUUGUCUUUGAUCUGCUGUAGCCAGCUGGUUUAAUAAAAUGCCAUGCGAAAGGAUCGUUUAUGGCUAGGCUUUCCUUCUUGCCUGUCUGUUACUGCAGAAUUAACAAACUGCAUAAAGACUUAUUUUACUCA